CCGCCUGUCAUCUGUCCAUCCAGUCAGGGGAGAGAAGAACAGAGCAGCCCGAGAGAAAGUUGCCUCAUCAGGACUUGCUGUCUUUGGACUGUGGUAGUUAUUUCUAAAGGGGGGUGUUUGGGGGAGGUUAGGGGUGUUGAGGCUGCAGGUGGUGCUAGGGAGUUUGUUUUGCCAUGCAGCAGGCUUGGGAUCAGACAAGUAGCAUUGAGAGUGCAAAACAAGGCCACACAAAAAUGCUGGGAAAAGGACAAAGUGGCGGAUAUCUCCCCGAGACGACGAGCGAAGCCUUGCAGAGCAUCACUGCCGUCCCCUUGGACAGUGCCGAUAAGAAGGGCCUCCAGGUGGGCGUCCAGCUGCCAGGCAGUGUCCAGACGGGACAUCAGCAGCAGAACCAGCAGCUCCUCUUGACUCCAGCCAGCCUCCAACUCGCUCAGCUCCAGGCCCAGCUCGCCCUCCAUCGUCUCAAACUGGCUCAGGGAGGCAACACAGCCACUGCUGCCACUGUUCUCAAUCAGGUUCUUUCCAAUGUCAACAUGUCCCAACCCCUGUUCAAUCAGCUACGGACGUCAUCUAUGGUUGGGAAUCCACAGGGUGCCUUUCCCACAGGGGUGCUGGGUUUCCCAUCUUCAAAUUCAGCUUUGGGGGCCUUGGUGGGUGGUGGAUUCAGCCAAAACCAAGGGAAUGUGAGACUGAACCAUCCUUGUGGAGGGGGCACAAUGGGCCAACAGGGUGAGGAAUUUGGUACAAAAUCAGGCUCAACGUACCCGUCUGACACUGACAGGCGUCUUCAGUACAAUUUUGCUGGAGGGACGUCUGCAGCAUCAGCCACUGCUGGGGAUGGACAGUACUCAGUGGUUAACACUCAGGCAAAGAACAUGACCAAUGUUGGUUUUCACAGAGAUUUCUAUGGGCAGGAUCUGCAGGGACAGCAAGCUGGGUUUAAUGUCAAUGAGCAGAAAAUGAAUGUCUAUAACUCCACUGGGCAUAAGGAGCAGUGGAAAGGCCACGCCAACUUGACUCGCACUGGAAAGGUGGAUAUGGCUUCUAAUCCCUCCGUCUGGGCAGCAGCUGGCCAGCCAAUCCGGUCCAGAACUGAAUUGUAUAACCCAGAGGAGCCGACCUCUGACCCCAAGUUAAUUUGCAGUACUGGGGUUUCCUCUUUUGGUUCAAGCGGCACGCAGAGCUUUGGAGGCUACCAGCCCCUUCACGGAAGUGAGGAGACCUUAUCUUCAGCUACCAGGAUACUUCAGCCUUAUCAAGUAAACGAUUACCAUGCGGUGACACCAACUCAACUACCACACCAGUGUAGCAUCUGUGACAAGAAGGUCUACAACCUCAAGGACUGGGACCAGCACGUGAAGGGAAAACUCCACCUGCAGAAUCGAACUUUGUACACAACUGAAAGCUCAGCGGUGGUAUCAGCUGGGGCUGUUCACUAUGCCGUCGGCAGGCCUUCUGAUGGAGGUCUGAACGCCGCAGGAACCAACCCCAUGGCCUGUUCUGCUGCGAGUCAAGAUGUAUCCUCAGGAGCCAGUACGCCGUACUUGCCAGCUACAGCCAUGAAGACUUAUCCCAUGUCAGACACAGGAUUUGCCUCACACCAGCCAGAGUCAAAGCCAUUUCCACCCAGAAAAUCCACCGUAGGCCGAGUUGUUCACAUCUGCAACCUCCCCGAAGGCAGCUGCACAGAGAAUGACGUCAUCAACCUGGGACUACCCUUCGGCAAAGUCACCAACUACAUUUUAAUGCGCUCUACCCAUCAGGCGUUUCUGGAGAUGGCGUACGUCGAGGCAGCUCAGGCCAUGGUUCAAUACUACCAACUUACUCCAGCUACGAUCAACACUCAGAAGCUCCUCAUACGAAUGUCUAAGAGGUACAAGGAGCUGCAACUCAAGAAACCAGGCAAAGAUGUUCAGUCAAUCAUCCAGGAUAUCACCUCACAGCGGGAGAGGGAUGAGAUGCAAGAAAUUGAACACUACAUGCCGGAGAGAGCACGUUCCCGCAGCCCCAUCAGCCGCUCUCUGAGUCCUCAUUCCCACAGCCCCAGUUUCACAUCAUGCAGCUCAGCCCACAGCCCUCAAGGAGCUCAGUGCAGGGGUCCAGAGAGAGGCAGCAACGGCCUGGGCCCCCAUCGCAGCUCCUGGGAUUGGCCGAGGGAGCGAGAUGACCCAUGGAGGAAUGGGAGCAACGUGGACGAUGAUCGGCCGAACGGACGGGCGUCUGACCGUCGGAAGACCUACCAGAAACCCUUAGAUCAUCUCAGCCUGAGAUCUGCGGACGAACGAGGAGGAGGAGGAGGAGGCGAAGGGAUGAAGGGCAGCAGAGACUGGCACCAACGAGGAAGCCCUCAAGGCUCAUCCUUCAACUCGUACAGGAACAUGGAGGACGACUUCUACAUGGAACAAGUGUACAAGUCCGACAAGCCGCCCAGGCCUCCGUACCAACGGCACGAAACAAAGUCAAAGAGGAGGGACGGUGGCGACUACCACAGUAGGUCAAGACAUUCAGAAUUUGAGAUGACCGACGAAGCACUUUGCAGAGCGUUGGAAGACAAGAGGCAGAGUUCACCAGGCAGAGGCAGGAGUAGAAGAAGCAGCAGGAGGUACACGACAGCAGAGAAGCACGAGAGAGAAAAUACGACUGAAAAUACCGAUCGCCAUUCGAAGGAAAAAUCAGUUUCACCUCAACGACGCAAUAAGUCAAAAGAGGCGACUGAAUGUAGUAAAGACACUGAGAAGGAGUCGGAGAGUGGAGAAGACUCGGAUGAGGAGUGCUGGUACCCCAAGAACAUGGAGGAACUGGUGACUGUAGAUGAAGUGGGAGGAGAAGAUGACUCCAUCAUUGAGCCAGACCUCUCUGAGCUGGAGGAGUUUGCAUCCUGUCCCAAAGAGUCUGCAGCAGUAGAAUCAGUACAGGAGCAUAUAUCACCAUCUGCGUCUUCUUUGGAGGUGCCAGAGACAUCGAACGUGAAAUCAAAGAAAGAAGAGUCUUGUGGGGAUAUUGGAGACCAGGCAGCAACAUGUGUAACUGAGAAAGCAAUGAAUGUUGUAACUGCAACUAGUCCCGAAGAGCAGAAAACCAGUCCAGUGGCUUCUGAGGAACCAGCCACUAACUUCAGUGAUUCUCCCAGUGAGGAGCUUAAACCUGCACUGGAGGAAACAUGCACAGAGGACAGUAAAGUAGCUAACACUGGGCCACCAGAAGAGCCAGUGGAAAAUCAUGUUUGUGAAUCAGAGGACAGUAAAACCCAGGAAGUAGCACCGGCCAUGGAGACAAUCAAUAAUGUCCAACACAAGGACGGCAUUCUUAAAAAAGUGACUGAGGCCCCGUCGCCGUCGCGUGAACAAGACAAAGCCGUCAGUGAACACAGCAUCCCAUUGGGAGUGGAGUUCAUUGUGCCAAGAACCGGCUUCUACUGUAAACUCUGCGGUCUGUUCUACACCAGCGAGGAGACUGCAAAGACGUCUCACUGCCGCAGCACUGUGCACUACAGGAACCUGCAGAAAUACUUGUCUCAGCUGGCAGAGGAGAGUCUGUCAGGUGCACUCACUGAACCCUCAGCAGCACAGUGACAACAGCGUGACCUCUCACCAGUUGCACAGCGAGCAGCAGAAGAAAGAGUUGCGUACGUGAGCAGUUUGUGCAAAGCUAUGGACAGCUACAGCAUAGAUAAUCGAACACAUUAAACUAGAAUAUUGUGGACAAUUGCAAUAAUAGUUUUGGUAUUUGGGGGGGAGAGUAAAGCUUGAAGGUCUUGAAUGGCGCUGACAGUCUGAGAUACUCUCAGUUUUGUACAAAGCUUACGUGAAAUGUAAAGUAAGGCCGUGAUAUUUAAUGACAUUUUUCUUACAGUUUUUGUUUCAUUUGGGUUGUGUGAGAGAAAAUUAACUUGAUAUUGUAUUGGAUUGAAAAUGCAAUAUGUAUUUACAAUUGCUAAGAAGACAAUCUUUUACAGUAUGUUAGUCUAUUUGCUAAGUUCAAAUCAAUAUAUUAGAUAAUAUAAUUUAAAAUUUUGCCUGUACAUUAUUCAAACAAUAGAAAUACAUUUACAACUGCAAAAUGACUUGAAAUAUGUUUUAAGGAAUGUUUUUUUUUUUUACAGUGUGCCUGAGAGUUCAAUGAGCUGCAAUAUUAAAAACAGGCAAAUAGAUAAAACUAAGGACGCACACUUGUAGCACUUGUAGUGUUUUCUAACUUUGCAGAUUUUUUUUUUCUAAAUGCUGUGCCAAUUUCCAGAUUUGUGAAAAUGUUUUCUUAGUUUGCUUGUGUUUUAUCUACUUGUAUUUUGUUGCAGCACGUUUAGGUCUCAGGGCCACCAUAUUUAUUCUCAGUUUAAAAAAAAAAAAAAAACUGAGGCAGAUUCUCAGGUUUGUUGUAUUUUUUGAACAGAUUUCAGUGUAUAGAACAUUUACAUUUCUAUUUGUAUCUGGGGCUUUUAAACUCUUGCAGUUUUCUUAUAUCGUGUACCUGUUUGUGCACUUGCAAUAUCUGUCAGGUGAAGAUGAACAUCAUUAGGAUUAAUAAUGAUGCAACUAUGCAAAAGAUCCCAGUCCUAUUUGCCAUCAUAUGUAAUGCCUUAAAUAUCAAAGACCUUAAACUGGACCAUGCGUUUUAUUUAUCAGUUAAACAUGAAGUGUUUCUGGUUAUGGUGAUUUGUUAUGGAAGGAUUAUUAAGCCAGACUCUGUUUUUCUAUACUGUGAAUGCUGAUCCUGUGACAUCAGUAAAAGUGUUGUUUUCCUUGUCAAAUUUUUCACAUGAUUUUUGAUGCAAAAAACUUGAAUAAACAUGGUGAAUGUUUCAAAUUA